AAUAUGUGUGAAAUAUUGAAAUUAUGCCAUUAUUUUUUUUAUUGGAGCGAGGUAAACACCGGCCAAAACACAAGUCACUCCCGCCGCUGCUCAUCAUUCCUCACUGGAGAAGAUGUUUUUAACACGCAGUGAGUAUGAUCGUGGAGUCAACACAUUUUCUCCUGAGGGUCGUCUAUUUCAGGUUGAAUAUGCUAUUGAGGCAAUAAAGUUGGGUUCUACUGCCAUUGGUAUCCAAACAAGUGAGGGGGUUGUCCUAGCUGUUGAGAAGAGGAUUACAUCACCUCUCAUGAUCCCCAGCACCAUAGAAAAAAUUGUGGAGAUUGACAGUCACAUUGGUUGUGCUGUAUCAGGACUGGUUGCAGAUUCUCGAACAUUAGUUGAUCAUGCACGAGUUGAGUGCGCCAAUCAUUGGUUUGUGUAUAAUGAGAACAUGAAGGUUGAAUCUGUUGCUCAGGCUGUGUCAAACCUUGCUAUUAGGUUUGGUGACUCAGAUGAUGAUGGUCCAGCAAUGAGUCGUCCAUUUGGAGUGGCGAUGCUCUUUGCAGGACUUGACAAAUCUGGCACACAGCUGUACCACAUGGACCCAUCUGGCACUUUCUUGGAAUUUGGUGCCAAAGCUAUUGGUUCAGGGUCUGAAGGAGCACAACAAUCUCUCCAGGAGUCUUAUCACAAGUCCAUGACAUUGCAAGAGGCCCUAAAGAUUGCGUUGACGGUGUUGAAGCAAGUAAUGGAAGAGAAAGUGAGUGGUUCUAAUGUGGAAGUGGCAGCUGUAACUCCAGAGAAGGGUUUCCAUCGCUACCCACAGGAUGAAGUAGAAGCCAUCAUCUCAGGACUUUAAUUGGUUACAUAUUUAUAUAUUUAUAUAUAUUGAUUUUUUGAAUGGUGAUUUAGGACAUUUGAAAUUUUAAAGUUUUGGUAUGAUUCACCCUAAGGAAAUGUUUUGAAAUGACCAGAAACUUUUGUGUUCAAGGGUCUUGUAAAAAGUUAUAGAAAGUACGGUGUCCACUGCCAUGCUCAUGUCCAUUUUUACCUUUGGUACGUUUAGCUUUUGUCACGUUAGAAAAAUCACUGAUUAUCAGUACAACAAAUAGUUUUUCAGUGGUUUAAAAAUGUAUUUAGUUUUGACACUUGUAUGAAACAUUAAGUCCUAACCUACAGAUUCUGCACUAAAAUGCCUUGUUAUUGUUUACUGAUAUCAGAGAGACGGCUUUCAUGAUGAAGAGAGAAGAAAACUGGAAACUGUCUGCUGUGAGCUUUGACAGCUGCUUUUGUCAUAAGGAAUUAACAAAUAUGCAUGUACUACAGUUUUUCUAAAUAAAAAAUAAGGUGAUACAUUGA